AUAGUUUCUCCUAGUACUCACCAGAGUGCAUUACGGUUCCAUUCCUUUCGUUUCAUCAUGGCGGUGAGUGUAGAAUCGUUAUUUUAAAAAUAAAUUUUAUAAUCUUUAAAUAUCAAAAACAUCGUAUUUGAAAGAAAGAUUUUUUAUAUAUUAUAAACAAAUAUUUAUUAUUAACUUAACAUUGAUAAAUUUAUUUCUUGUUAAUAUCUUAAUUUAUAAAGUUUCUAUGACAGAUGAGAUUUAUGUUCAGCAUGUAUUGCGAAUAUAACCUAAAUUUCAUGUUUAUAAAACUUGAAAUAUGUAAAAUAGUUCUUCAUACAUGUUAGUUUAAGAAAUUAAUAUGAAAAGGUUAAAUAUUUUAAUAUUGUAAUUUAUUGUUAUAAAAUAAAACAAUAUUUUGAAUGUUUUUUAAUGUUUAUAUAAAGUAAUUGAAAUAUGCAUUUUUCAUUAAAAAAAGCAUGUUGGCAAAUUAUUUGUUCUUAUUUAUAGGAAUUGAAGAAAGUGGAAAAGAAAGGGAGAAAGGAGCCAAAGGAUGCAGCCAAGAAUGUGAUGCGUGAAGUACGCAUUCGUAAACUUUGUUUAAACAUUUGUGUCGGUGAAUCUGGUGAUAGACUCACCCGUGCUGCAAAGGUACUGGAACAAUUAACUGGACAGCAACCUGUCUUUUCCAAAGCAAGAUAUACUGUGCGUUCAUUUGGUAUUCGCCGUAAUGAAAAAAUUGCAGUGCAUUGUACAGUACGAGGUGCUAAAGCAGAAGAAAUUCUUGAACGUGGAUUGAAGGUGCGAGAAUAUGAAUUAAGGAAAGAAAAUUUCUCUGGCACUGGAAACUUUGGUUUUGGUAUUCAAGAACAUAUUGACUUGGGGAUUAAGUAUGAUCCCAGUAUUGGUAUUUAUGGCUUGGAUUUCUAUGUUGUACUUGGACGACCAGGUUUCAAUGUAGCUCACAGAAGAAGAAAAACUGGAAAAGUCGGUUUUCAACAUCGACUUACCAAAGAAGAUGCAAUGAAAUGGUUCCAACAGAAAUAUGAUGGUAUUAUUAUAGCUGGAAAGAAGUAAUAUACACAUUUUGUAUUUUACAGUUCUUUCAUAAAAAUUUUAAAAAUAAAUUAUCUGUGUAAUAAUUUUAACAUCUUCAUUACAUAUUUCAAUACUACAAAAGGUAUAUAUUUUUGAAAUUUUUUUUUAUAUUCAAUUUUAUAAUUAAUAUUUUACAAUAAUAUUAUAAAAAUAUUAGAACCAGAAUUUCAUAAAUUAUAUUAAGUCAUCGACUAAGUUAUGCGAAUUUUUUACUAUAUUAAUCUCUUAGUUACUGAACGUUACUAUAAUGGCGUUCACAUGUCAUCUUUUUGAACGGUACGCUACUAUAGUACUCACUUGUUUCCCACUUGAAAAGAGCAGUAUACAACACUAAUCUUUUAUGGUUUUUUUAAAUUCUAUGGAAAAAGAUCUUCAAUUUAUUCAUUCUAAUUUCUAAUUUCAAUUUUAAUAUGUUGAAAGUUUAUUCUAGCGUGAUUACGUAAUAUAAAGCACCGUCGGAUAUAAAUUUUAUUAUUACAUUCUUUUUUGCAUCGCAUCAAAUACAGAAGUAUAGCUUUGCUAAAAACACAUCGUAGCAAAAAACUGAAGAGAUUAAAAUAAUACCAAUGAUAAUACUGUUUUUUUUCGAUCAAAAUAAUGAUCACGAGAAUAGUUUUUUUUACUAUUUCACAGAAUUUUUGAUUUUAUCAAAUUUUUAAGUCCUUUUAUAUAGAACGAAAUAGAUGAUAAUAUGAAAGAGCAGUAUCUAAAGAAUAAACAAUGAAAAAAAUGAAAAAAAUUGUUUCAUUGCAGCUGUGAUAGUUUUGUAAAUAAAUUCCUCUUUACAUUUUUAAAAAUAAAAAUUGAUAUUAAAUCUACAAAUAUAUCGUAUAAACUAGCAUAUUCUACAAUCUAUAAGCAAUCCAAAGAAUUUAAUUACUAUAUUAUUCUACUAUUCUUCUAUUCAAUUAUUAACUUUAUUGUUAACUAUUAAUUUUCUUCAAAAUCUUCAAUAAUAGUUCUUACAAUGAAAAAGGAUAGGUUAUAACAAAUGCUUAUAUGCUAAUAAGUUAGAAUCUUAUUACAUUUUAUUAAUAACCAUUAUAUCAUAUCACCAGUAUGUUACAUAUACAAGUAAAAUAUUUUGACAUAAAUGUUUCCAUGAAGAAGAUAAUUUAAGAAUAUUUUAUACACAAUCAACACUUUUAAUAAUUAAUUCAUUUUAGAGUCACUUGGGGAAAAAAUAUUAAUAGUAAAUAUUAAUAGUGUACAGAUGUAGAAAUACAGAAGGCGUUGUAUUAGUAUAUAUAUUAAUUAUAAUUCUAUGUAUUAUUUUUUACAUAUGAUUUAUUUCUUGCUGUUACUUACAAAAAAUUAUGAGUAAAAAAACUAAUAUGGAACUGAAUCUUUAUUAAAUAUCUUGACUCAAACUUGCAUUUAAUGUCCCCUUAACUUUAAAUGAAUUUUAAAAAGGAACUUCAUAGUUAUAGUUGUGUAUAUCUUUCAUAAUAAAGAUGCUAUUUAGAAAUAUAAAUACAUUCUUUGAAAUUACACGUAUCAUUCUUUUAUUACACGCUUCCUUUUCUAACUUCAAAUUUUAUUAUUUUUUAUUUUUUGUGAUAUGCAUGAAAUAUAUUAGAUUCGAAAAUAAGUAAUGAAAAUAUAUAAAUAAAAUGUAUGUUCACUCACAUUAUAAACAUAUUUUAAAUAUAUUUUCAAAAAUAGAAAUCAAAAUUUAAUGUUUGAUUUAGUUAUAUUUUAUUUUUAUCUUUGACAACUCUCUUUAAAAUAAAAGUACUGGAAAAUUAGUGUUAUAUUAAUUUAAUUUAAAUUAAUAAUAUAAAUUUAUUACUAUAUUUAUUUAUAGUAGUUUUAACUCAAAUGCAAACAAAUAUAUAA